UGAUCUGGCCAGUCCAUUCACUAAUAUUCACCCUUAUUCUUAUUCACCAUUCCUUGAUUCGGUGAUGUUGUUGGAAAACUUGAAGUGAGAAAAGUAAUAGGUAAUUGAAAUUUUAAAACAAUGGCCAACUUUACUACGGACGGUAAAUUGUGUAUAGAACGGCAACUAGAAGUGAACACUUCUGUAAAAGAAUUCGAUGAUUUAAUAACUCUUUUUGAUAUAAACGAAACAUGCCGAUGGAUAACUGAAAAUAAUUUCUUAAAGGUUUGCCUUCAAUUUCCCGACGAACUUCUUGGUGUGAGUACUAAAGUUUAUGAAGAAAUAAGGAAGAAAGUGGAUGUUGACUUGUACAUUCUUGGUGACACAUCAUAUGCAAGUUGCUGUGUGGACUCAGUGGCAGCAAUGCAUGUACAGGGGGAUGCCAUAGUCCACUAUGGGCACAGUUGUUUCUCCAAAACCAACAUUCCUGUGUUCACUGUGCUGCCCAAACACAGUGUGAAUGUGGAAGCUACUAUCAAAGCACUGGGAGAGACCUUUCAUGCAGAUGUCAGACUUUGCUUGUUCUACGAUGUUGGAUUCAACCAUUGCAAAGAUUUAAUAUCAAAGCACUGGUUUGAAUGUUACCCUCUAAGCUACAUAUCUUUUGUUGAGAUAGAGGAGAAACCGAAUAAGUAUCUUGGAAGAGUAAUUAGGAACAAAGAUGGUGAAGAAUUUGCAGUGGAGGUACUGAAGGAUUGCAUGUGUAUACAUCUUGGAACACGAGGACAAACAUUGUUCAACUACACCAUAUCUAUAGCAGCUUCUGCAUGGUAUUUGCUGGAUCCUAACACAAACAAGCUUGAGAGUUUAGAAGAAACUGCUUGGUUCAAGCGCAGAAGAUUCUUAGUAGAGAAGUGCAAGGAUGCCAAUGUUGUGGGCAUUCUAGUUUGUAAGCUGGCUGGUGAGCAGACCAAAGAAAUUAUCAGCAGAAUGAAGCAGCUCUGUAAAGUGAAUGGCAAGAAGAGCUACAUUGUAUCUGUGGGAAAGCCCAAUGUUCCCAAGUUGGCUAACUUUCCAGAAAUAGAUAUUUAUGUCAUGAUUGCAUGCCCAGAAAAUGAUCUAUACAGUGCUAGAGAUUUCUACAAACCAAUUGUGUACCCUUAUGAACUAGAAGUGGCUCUGAACUCAAACAGAGAACCUUAUUUCAUAACACAUGUUACGGAUUAUGAACAAUUACUGCCAGGGCGACCCCACCACUGUGAUAUUAACCACAUCCAGGAGACCACAGAUGUAAGUCUCAUUACAGGAAAGAUAAGGGAAACUAAAGUUGAUACUCAUGAUGGGAGCAGUACUGAUCUGGCAGAAAAACAGAACUGGGCCCUAGAAAGUAUAGGACAAAACCUCCAAGAUAGGUCCUGGAAGGGUCUAGAACAAAAACUAGGAGAAACAGAAGUGAAAAUGGCUGAAGAAGGUCGCAAGGGUAUACCCAUCCAAUACAGUGAUGAACCAAAAUGAAUUUAGAAAUUUAUAUUUUGUAUUUACAAUACCUUUGUUAUUCUAGCACAAAUGCUUAUCCUACUAAGUAAGACUGCAUUUUACAAAUAUAAAUAAGUAAUCAUUGGAAAAAAAUUGUUUCAUUUACAUUAGAACACCUUCUGCUGGCUAUUGUACAAUUUAAAAAUAUGGAAUACAUGUGUACAGAAAAUGUUUACCUAUGCAGAGUUGUACUACUGAAGCAAAAUCAAGAACUUGAACUAUAUUUUCAUACUAUGCCAUCAAUCAUUUGUAGAGCAAAUAAUUAUUGACAAUGAACAGGUGAUCCUUUAUAGUCACUAUUUCACACUUUCAUGUUUAAUGGGUUCUGGGGUGACUUGAGCCAUUCUUUCCUCAGCAUCUGUUUGAGUUGAGACAGUCUCAGUGUUGGGUUCUCAGCCUUUAGGAUUGGUAAGUUAGCUUCUUCAAAUGCUGUGUAUGCAGCCUUAAGACGUUUUUCGGGAUGCCUAUCAGUAUCUGACUUUUCCCUGGAACAUUUAUAACUAUGGUUAUAAUUU